AUGAAGUUGUUUCUAAUAAUUAUAAGUGUUUGCAUUGUUGUGGCCAAACGUUCAUUUGACAUUGAGAGACAAGUAACAAAUUACCAUGGUGAAGUUGGUAUACCAGAAGCUGCUCGAAUCAGAACAGCUGAAGCAGUUAUGGUCUCGUCUGCGUCCACGUUUGUUUAUGGCUCAGAUAAAUAUCCAUACAUGGCAGGUCUAAUCAUCGCCCUAACCACGGGAGAAGAGUCGGUUUGCGCGUCCAGUGUCAUCACCAACACUAGGGUGUUAACUGCAGCGCACUGCUGGCGGACCCAGCAGCAUGAAGCUUCCAAAAUUACUGUUGUACUUGGUUCUACAUUUGUCUUCCAUGGCGGGCUUCGUAUUGAUACAUCUAAUGUGAUCAUACCUAAUAGUUAUAAAGAAGAGUAUCUACAAAACGACAUCGCUAUUCUUGUUUUCGACCGCGUUGAGUUUAAUGACUACAUUAAGCCUAUUGCUUUGUAUAGAGGUGAAGAAUUUGAGGUCAAUAAAGACCAAACAGUUACGAUAUUAGGAUAUGGAAGGGCUGGAUUAUCUGGCACGACAACCAACCAGAGCUUGAGGCAUAUAGAGGUUCAAGUUAUUACCAGAAACCAAUGCUAUUUUGUGUUUGGUGAAUGGCCUAUCUCUGCAUCUCAUAUUUGUGCUAGGAAGAACCCUACCUCUUGCACAGGCGAUACUGGUGGACCUCUUAUCGUAAACAAUCUAUUGGUCGGCAUUUCAUCUUUUACUGCUCCUGACGGCUGCGAACGGGGCAUUGCAGCUGCCUAUGUCAGGAUGGAGUACUGGUUCACGUGGGUCACAUUAUUAACUACGUAA